CAUCCUCCUCCUCUGUCACGGACACACACACACACACACACACACACACACACAGCAGCUCAACAUUUGAGAAUACAGUUCACACACACAUCUUCCUGAAGAUCCACCAUAACAUCUCACACUUUAACAUCGUUAUUUCUCCAGUGGACAUUGAUGCCUUUGCCUCACAGAUCACCGUAGCGGUCCAUCAGAUCGUUAUUGCUCUUUCAUUUUAUUUCUCUUCCUUCCUUUGCGCAUCAUCCAGAGAGACUGAUCCUGAUCUCUCUACACGCUACAAGAUGGCUGAGUUGAAUUUGGGGAAGGGGCUGACCGCGGGGAAAGUGGCCAGCAACGUCCAGAAAAAGCUCACGAGAGCCCAGGAGAAGGUUCUCCAGAAGCUUGGCAAAGCCGACGAGACCAAAGAUGUUGCUUUUGAGGAGGGAGUGAUCAACUUCAACAAACAAUAUACUGAAGGCAGCAAACUGCAAAGGGACCUGAGGGCGUACCUGGAGGCAGUGAAAGCCAUGCACGAGUCCUCCAAGAACGUACAAUCGUGUUUGGCUGACAUGUACGAGCCGGACUGGUACGGCAAGAACGAAGUGGACUCCAUUGUGGAGGACUGCGAUGUGCUGUGGACCGACUACCACCAAAAGUUGGUUGACCAUGCUCUCAUUUCCAUGGAUACUUACCUGGGCCAGUUCCCUGAUAUCAAGGCACGUAUAGCUAAGAGAGACAGAAAGCUGGUGGAUUACGACAGCGCCAGGCACAACUAUGCCACCACACACAAGACCAAGAAAAAGGACGGGGGCAUUAAAAUUACCAAGCCCUCCUCUUUGUUGGAGAGGGCUACUCCAGGUUGGGCUCAGGGAAUCUUGUCUGCACACAAUGUUGCCCAGAGCAGUCUGUCAAGGAGCCAGGCUGAGGAAGAGUUGGAGAGAGCCCAGAAGGUGUUUGAGGAGAUUAAUAUUGACUUGCAAGAGGAAUUACCUUCACUGUGGAACAGUCGUGUUGGGUUUUACGUCAGCACCUUCCAGAGUUUGUCUGGUUUUGAGGAGAAGUUCCACAAGGAAAUUGGCCGGUUGGAUCAGGAUUUGUAUGACACCUUGGAGAAAUUGGAGGGAACAGACACGCAGGAAUCAAGCAGAAAGACAGGUACCAGCGGCGCCUCAUCGUCAGGAGCAAAUAGGAGUGUGAGUGCUGUAAGUGCUGUAAGUGGAAAAGAAAAAGAAAAAGAAGCAUCUAACCACACUCUCAGGCCAGGAGGACCACCGCCGAUCCCCAAAUCUCCAUCCAAGCUACGGCCUGCAGUGCCUCCUCCACCCAAGGUGACCCCGUCUAAGGAGCUGAAAACAGAGAACAUCAUCGGCCUGUUUGAUGAAGCUGCGGCUGCGGCUACUCCUGAUAUCAACAUCACCUCCCCUUCAGAGUUUGACAGUCCUGCAGUGAGCAGCCUGUUGGACAUGGACCUGGACUGUUUCAGUGCAACAACCAAAGCCUCCUCGGUCACACAGCCUACAAACUGGGACUCAUGGCAUGAGGACAGUGGUGCCCAGGAAGAGGACACCCAGCAGCACUAUGACCCUCUGGCUACUGCUGCAGAUGCCUGGGGGGAUGAUGGUACGCAGCCCGUGCGCUAUGACCCCAUAGCGGCGGCCUCAGAGGGCUGGGGGGAUGACGGGACCCUACCAGUUCGCUAUGACCCUGUGGCUCCGGCUCAGGAGGGAGGAGGGGGGGAUGAUGAGCAGGUUCAUGACGAUCCUGUGGCUGAAGCCCAGGAGGACUGGGGCGAUGACGGGGACCAGCCGGUCACAGAGGUGCCCGCCCCGGAGGUGUCCCCAGAGGAUGAAACACCUGCAGCCGAGGCUCCAGCUGUUGAGGAAGAGGCCACACCAGCUGCCGCUACGCUGGAUGAUGAGGAGGGUCAGGGUGAGUCUGCAGCAGCUGCUGCAGCACCGGAGGCAGAAGCACCGACAGAGGAGACGCCUGAAGUAGCGGCAGAAUCAACAGAAGCCGCAUCAGAGAAAUCCGCGGAAAUGCCACCUGGCUUCUUGUUCAAGCUCCAGGUGAUGCACGACUAUGCUGCCAAUGACACAGACGAACUGGAGAUGAAGACUGGCGAUGUGGUGCUGGUAAUCACCUUUGACAACCCUGACGAACAGGACGAUGGCUGGCUGAUGGGAAUGAAGCAGGACGACUGGCUGCAGAACAAAGAAAAUGCCGCUAAAGGAGUAUUCCCUGAAAACUUCACCCAGAGGCUGUGAAAGAGGAGGACGGGACGUCAUUCCAGCUCCCUUCUUCAUGUCUCUCUUCCUCUUGCCUCGGCCCUUCCUUCCUUCUUUCCCUCUCUUGCCCUGAUACUGUAUCUUUACUAGGACUUUGGCCAUAGAAGCAGAGCUGUCACAGCCCUGGCUGAAAUCAUGCAUUUCUAAGGUCUGCUACACUGUGCUAAAAGCGGAUCUUGGCAUUUCUGUGGAUUUCUGCCGACAUUUACAGUUACAGCUGUAGCCAUUUCACAGGUCCCACUCUUUGGUUGCACUAGUGUUGCUGCUCCAUACAGGAGGAAUUUAUUAGAAAAUCCUGAUCAUACAGGAUAGAUGUGGGGAUGGGUGCCUCUGCAAAUGGCUACUGCUGCAACUGCAUUUUUUCCUUAGCCAUUUCUCAUCACAAACUUUGCCAAGGCAUAUUCCACCACCAUAACAGAGAGCAUGUCUUUUGAGACGUGCUUUUGUUCAUCUGAUACUGAGAAAUAUUGCAAACAGUGUAAAAUUAUUAGGACAAAGUAUAAUAGAGCAUCCCUUCCACACAUACAGGCCGAGGUCAUAAAAUCUGUUUUUAUAAAGGAUGGGGUGUAUUUACUAAAGCCAGGCAAACUGAGUAGAGUCCUCUCUAUCAUCAGACACAUUCACCCAGUAACACACUGAAAAAGUAGAUCCAAGUAGAUCCGACUCCUAGCUGGCAUCUUCCCCUUCAGUCAAAAAAGACCUUUGAACACAUGAGAUGCAGAAUCAGCACCUAACCAGCCACUCACUUGUGUUGCUGGGGCACAUCUCCGUCUUCUCUUGCUGAAGCGGGUUGUUGAAACAAAUCUCUAUUUUUGGCAAUAGUCUGUUUUAGCCACAUGUGUAGCCAUCGAGUGUCAUUUUGUUCUCGGGCAUGCAGGUUUCCUCACCUGUGGCCAUUUGCUUAUUUUUGGUGUUUGGCUGGCUGGAGUGUGUCAUUUAUCAAUUGCAAUUUCGGCCCCAGUAUUUGCUAUUUACUGAUCCACAAUCACUCAAAUUAGUCCUGUUGGAUACAUCCAGACCAUCUUUUAUUCCUACUUUAAUUACUUGUGAGAUAUUGAAACAUGGGCCCCUGGUUGUUGUAAUAGUUUAGAUCCAAUAGUGGUUUCAAUAGUAUGAACCUGUUGUUAAAAUCCAAAUUUCAUCUGACUCCAACCGAGUUAAAGACAGCAGGAGUUCAAUGCAAAUAUAUUUAAAAAUCAAAACAGAAAUACUGAUGAUCUAUAGAGUAGAAAAACAAGACUAUUUUCAUCUUUGACGGUCCUGUUUUUUAUUCCUUGUUGUUUAAAUUUGUGUGAAGUUGUGUGGAGUGGGCAUGUGAAAAAUCUUUUCAUGGAUUUUUAUUUAUUUAUUUUUCACAAGGGAUUCCAAAUAUGCAUUAGCCGGGCUCGCUAAACUACAACAAUGAGACGCUGCUACUGGUAGUAUAAUAGUUAGGCAGAUAUGGUCAAUGCUAAUCAAACAUAUAAUAACUGAGCCAGCCUCAUUCGUUUUUUGAAAAAAAAAUGUGCCGAAAACAAUUCCUUCCGUUUGCAUAGAGACGAGGACGACUUAACUCGAAUGCAGAUGACUCAGAAUAUGCACCAGAGCAACUUCUUUUAUUUUUGUAUGCUGCCAAGCAAUGAUUACAUAAUAUAGCCUAAUGUAACUAUGUCGACAUGAUUGCCAACUUACUGUAGGAUGUUACGGAGUGUUUUGUACUUCUGUCAGGUUCACUGCUCUCAACAUAGCCGCUUACUGUAGGUCAUCAUUCAUUCAGACUCAGAAGAGACUUCUCAUGAUGUUAUUAACAUGUAAUAAGUGUGUGAGAAAACGGUCGUGUGCGGUUGUAUGUGUGUGUGUGUUUGGAAACAUAAAUUCUUUAUCUAUAGGCUAUUGUUAUUGGACGAUAUCACCGCCACCUACCAGAGGAAGAGGUCGUUUGUUUUACAGGAAGUUUUUUCUGACUGGAAAACUCAAAGGUAUAUCUGGGUCUUUUUUUUCCACUGGCUGGUAUUAUGGUUCCAGGUGUUAUUGUGCAUUUGUUGUGUAUAAGUGUAAUUUUGCCAAGCUGUGAUGACAGAUACAUAUUCUAUAAAGACAUUCAUAUCUGUAUGUGAGUUAACUGUGAGCAUGCUGACUUCCCAUGUGUUGUUGUGUGAACACCCUUAAUUUAAAGGCGAUGAUACUUGGGUCACUUUUGAGGCAGCUGAUACAGGCAAUUUUUUUUUAUUUUGUAUUAUUUAUUUUGUUCAUCUUAGUAAGAGGGAUGGUGGGCAGUUGUAUAAUAAAUAAAGUCCUGAUUAUAAUUGCUCCGUCAGAGUUGCCUCAAAUGUUGCCGGGGUAUCGUGGUCCAAACAGACUUAAACAUGAUUACAUGGAGACGGGACGCAUACAGAAACCACCAGACUCAGGUGGACAAAUCUUUUGUAAUGGUUUUCAGUAUUUUAUCCACUUGAGAUGUGCAUGAUUUUUUCAUAUGUAUUUAAAAAAGCCUCACAUGUGAGAACAUCACCUGCACAUUAAGGUAAACCGGUCAUAUUUUUUUAUUUUUAAACAUAUGUAACUUGGUGAGUGUUUUCACCUGGGUCUGGUUCUCUAUGCUGUCUCCUGUAAUGAGCUAUGGGAUACGACAAAAAGGUUUUUCCUGUACCUAACUGACCAAUAAUAAUAAAGAUUACGUAGAAUCUC